AUGGAAAGCUCUGGGUUAAUGGAAGAUAUAGCUUCUGCAGGCAAUAGAUUGCUCCAAAAUACUCAAAGUUUGAUACUAAAUAUGAAUAAUAAUGCAGCAGAGACUUAUAAUUCGGUAGUCGCUAAAUUUGUUGGGGGAAAGAAGAUAAAUUUUGCUAUUAAAGGAGACUAUGGUGUAAGAUGCAAAGAAGCAGCCAUCUCGUACAACAAAAGGCAACAUUUUAUUGCCACUUUACAUCAAACUAUAACCAUUCAAGAACUUGGAAAACACUCACAGUCGUUCAUCGCCAAAUUAAAGAAUAAAGGAAGCAAAAGAUCUCUGAUAGGACCACCAGAUUAA